AUGACGCACGCUUCGAAUGGCAGCCUCACAUCGGGCGACGAUGUCGCUGAAGCUGUCUACAGCUUCAAGCUGCUCGAAGCCCUGAGAAAGGGCGACCAGCAGGCACUCAUCCCCCUUCUACAAUCAAAUACCAAAUCCGCAAACUUGCUUGCAAAGGAAAGCACCAGUCCUCUCCAUCUCGCCGUCCGCUGUGCCGACUUCAACAUCAUCUCGUUUCUCUUGAACUACAAAACCAUUCAUCUCAAUGCGACCGAGGCCCAAAACGGCAACACGGCUCUUCAUAUCGCCUCAGCGUCCGGUCGCGAUGACAUCGUCCAGCUGCUGCUCGAUCAGCAAGACAUUGACGACACCAAACCCAACAAGGACGGCAGAGAUGCUCUCGCAGUCGCCAAAUCUCCCGAGAUCGCUCAACGCAUCCAAGUCAGUCGCGCUCAGCUCAACGCCAAGUAUCUCGAUCAUCUCGACGCUUACGAACAAGACGUCUCGCGUGCCGACGCCAACAUCCACGACCUGCUCAACUUGCCACGACACGCCGUCAUCGACCUCAACGCGCACAGCACCAACGGCAGUACGCUCCUUCACGAGGCCGUCAAGCGCAAGGACAUGCGCAUGAUCGAGACCGCCGUCCGCAAGGGCGCAGACGUCUAUGCCCGUGACCGUCUCGGCAAGCGCGUCAACGACGUCACCAAGGACGAAAGGGUCAGAGCGCUCUUGCGUCAGCUUCACAAUGCUGACGCUGCCAAGGCCUCGCAGGCCAGUCAGUCAGGCCAACCGCCUUGCUUCAAGGGCUACCUCGGAAAGUGGACCAACAUCGCCCACGGAUACAAGACGCGAUGGUUUGUCCUUGAGGACGGCAUCCUCUCCUACUACCACAACCAGGACGAUGAGGGCAAGCAGUCGCGCGGCGCCAUCAACAUGCGCUAUGCCAAGAUUCGCGCCGACAACAACGACAAGCAUCGCUUCGAGAUCAUCAGCGAGACCGGCAAGGGCACCUCCAAGCUGUACCUUCGCGGCACACAUCCCGUCGAGCGCGCCAGAUGGGUGCAGGUGCUCCAGCAGACAAAGGAGUUCUUCAACCUCGAGCGACAAUCGAGCCGUGCCACCGAACACUUUUACCGCCAACGCGCGCCUUCCACCUCUUCGCUCUCGUUCACGCACAGCAUUCAGACUUCGACAGCGCUCGCCAACCCCGCUGCCAUCGUCCGUCCCUCGUCCACCGCCCCCAGCGAAAAGGGCAGCCGUACCGGUUUCCUCUCGCUCAAGUCGCCCAGCACACAGCCCCCCUCGGGCACGGCAAGCGAACGAUCGCUGCCGCUACUCAACCGUAGCCCAAGUCUGCUCAGCCGGCCGUCAAGCGACGAACGAGGCGAAGAUGAAGCUGGUGCGGCGGGCGCAGCAGCAGCACGUCUGCCAUACGACAACGAGUUCCGUCUCACCGCCGAAGCGCUCAAGGCGCAGGCCGAAGCAAGUCAGCGCCUCGUCGAGACGCUGAUCGCCUCCAACGCACUUGUCACUGCCAGCGACAGUGGCAGCACAGCCAAGCACAGCCGCACUUUGUCGAGCUCCAAUGGCAGCAACCCCGACACGGUGCACUCGGCUCUCGACGCUGCAAUCAGGAGCAACCUCCAGCUGGUUGAGCGCUACCAGACCAUGGUUGCUGCACGUGAAGCUUACAUGGCCAAGCGUUACGAGCGAGAGCUGCAGAUCAAGCAUCUUUGGGAAGAAAACAUGGCCGUCUUGGCGCAACAGCACGCCGAGAUGGAAACGCAGCUCAAGGAAGCUGCUGCCGAAAAUGCGCGCAGGCGAAAAGCGUUGCGCGAAGUGCGCGAGACCAUGGGUUCAUCGCCAGGUUCGAUUCUGUCGCCUGGCGGUGUUGGUGGCGCGCUUGCUACGUCGAGCUACGUGGCGUCGCCGCUUCACGCUCAUGAUCAACGCCGUCAGUCGACGCUCCAGUCGUACGAGAUGGCUGACAGCGGUGGAGCGGGCUCACUCGCUGCGCGUCGGCUUGGCGAAGAGGGCGGUGCGCAGCUGCAGCUCGACGACCAGCUAACGCCUCCGAUCCAGGCUCAGCGUUCCACCAUCCUGGGCAUCGCCGACGAAAAGAGCAUGGCGCGCGACUCGAUGGAUGACGCUGAGGACGAUUUCUUCGACGCCAUCGAAACGGGUGAUCUGCCUGGUCUCAAAGUGGAGCAGGCGCUCAGCCAGCCUGAGACGGAUCUCGACCAAUGGCCCGAUCGCUUCGACACGGAGGUGAUCGAUGAGGUCGUCAAGACGUCGCUGGAACCGUACAGGCAUCUGCGAACCGAGUUGCCGAUUGGCAAAGACGACCGACCUUCGGUGUCGCUAUGGGCUAUCCUCAAGAACAAUAUUGGCAAGGAUCUCUCCAAGAUCACGUUUCCUGUCAGCUUCAACGAACCCACGUCGAUGCUGCAGCGAAUGGCCGAGGACAUGGAGUUUUCCGAGUGUCUUGACGCUGCGUCGAUGCAGGAGGACUCGACCAAGCGUAUCGCAUACGUCGCUGCAUUCGCCAUGAGCAACUACUCGUCCACGAUCGGUCGAAUUGCCAAGCCGUUCAACCCGUUGCUGGGAGAGACAUUUGAGUACAUGCGCCCAGACAAGAAGUACCGGUACUUCUCGGAGCAAGUGUCGCACCACCCGCCCAUCUCGGCGUGCUUGGCGCAAUCGCCCACGUGGGACUACAUGGGCUGCGUCGACGCCAAGUCCAAGUUCCUGGGACGUACGUUUGAGAUCCGACCGACGGGCGUAGCGCACGUCAACCUCAAGGUGCCACGAAAGUGGGUGAAAACCAACAAGGAACUCACCACGGCGCCUAUGUUGUCGGGAGACCACGUGCUAGAGCACUACUCGUGGAACAAGGUGACGACGUCGGUCUCGGGCUUCAUCGUGGGCAACCCUACGAUCGACCAUUUCGGCGAUAUGGAGGUGACGAACCACGCGACGGGCGAUCGCUGCGUGCUUACGUUCAAGCCGCGAGGUUGGCGGGGCAAGGAUGCUUUCGAGAUCCGCGGCAGCGUGUUGGAUGCGCAAGGUACGUUGCGAUGGGACAUUGCGGGUCGGUGGAACUCGCAGCUGGUAGCGCGAAAGUGUGGAGCUGGCUCGGGCGAUCUGAAUCCUGACGAGUCCGUGGAUGCUCCCGACGGACAAAUCGCUACGGCCCAGCCUCUGGCCGAGUAUCUGCUGCUGUGGCGCAACUCGGAAAAGCCCGCAUCGCCGUUCAACUUGACACCGUUUGCCAUCACGCUCAACUCGUGUCCGGACGAGUUGCGACCGUGGCUCGCGCCAACCGACUGUCGACUCCGCCCAGACCUGAGUGCGUUUGAGAGCGGCAAGUUCGACCAGGCCAACGAGUUGAAGCAGAAGCUCGAGAAUUUCCAACGCGAGACUAGGAGGAUGCGCGAAACGGGCGAGUUGCCGCCUCAUGAGCCGCGCUGGUUCAAGAGGACCACGGAUGCGGAUACGAGGGAGCAGCUGUGGCAGCCGUUGGCUGCUGCGCCUGGCUCUGGCGCUAAUGGCAAGGAGGCCACCUCCUACUGGGCAGAGAGGUACCAGGUUGGCUCGAAAAAGGCCAACGGAAUCCACGCCGAAUGGAGCAACGUCUAUCAUAUUUUUGGUGAUUUCGAGGUUCGCUGA